AUGUUCCCAACCUUUAGUGGCACCUCGAGGCGACCUCGUAAUGUCAACCUCAGUGGGCAGCGCAACACAAGCCCCUGGGCCAGCUCGGGGGGAUUAACUGCAAACUCUGGUUCCAAUAAGACCAUAGCCCAAGCACAAGCCGACCGCGAGAAGAGGCAACGAGAGCGUGAUGAGCUUGCCGCCGCCAAACUCCUCCAGCGCGUGUGGAGGGGCCAUCGAGAACGCCGGCAUGUCAAGUCGAGAUAUCGCCAAGAGUAUGACGAUAUAUGCCAGCAGCCGCCAUCGAGUAACGUACACAACCGGGUGGUAAACUUGCUCCCUCUCAUGCUAGCACUUUUCGACCCAACCAAAGCCGAAGAUCAGCAGCGUCUGAAUAUCUUCGUUCGAGAUCUGCUGAGCUCGGGCCCAACUUCCACCAAAGUUGACAUAUUCGACCCCAGUGCCUGGGACAGACUUGCACGUCUACUCGUAGGGGCCCUAGAGAGGCGCCCGAUAAGUUCCUCCCACACCGUUCUCAGUCUCUUAGUCGAUAUCAUCAAAUCAAGACCAGCAUCUAUUGCUCCUCUCCUCGACAGGUACUACAGGCUCCUCGCAAGGUGCUACGAGGAAAAUGGCAGUGUCAGCCUGACGACAGACCAGCAGGAGGUCCUCUCUGAAGCUUCUGCAGCGCCACUGGUGCAAAAUGCGUCACAUGGACGUUCUGGUCUACAGGCAUACCAGGCCUUCGCAUAUGCCUUUCUGACAUCCUCAAAACUGGUGUUCCUUAAACAGAAUCCCUCGCGAAUCGCACGUCAUCUAGAUAUGCAGGUCUUGUCUCAAAGCAUUGCCGACGCCUUCUCGGCCCAAGACCAAAUCAGUCGUGUGCCUAAGGAAGGCUUGCUGUGGCUUUUGUCCCAUUUUAUCGCCUUGAACAGAGCAAUCCCAACGUCCCGGGGGUCCAAGUACCUCGAAGCACUCUAUCUCCAGCUCUCCCUCCUCGCUGUUGACAUCCGGACACGAUCGAAUGCCCCUGAAGAGCUCAACGAUGAGGACAGCUACGAAGAAGACGAAGACACCACUAUCCAAGACUUUAUCCCGCUGCCGGAAUAUGUGUCCAAUCAGCUGGACUUCCUAGUUAACGAAGAUGGCAUUGCCGAGUUACUUAGCAGGUUCACCGCCACACCUUCAUCUACUACUCGUCCGUCUGACGAUGCCAGCCUUCUCGCAGGAUACACUCUGGUGCUAUUAAGGUGUUUCCCGAGUCAUGCCGAUGAUAUUAAGAUGCGUCUCUUCCAGGGCGACAUCUCCACACUUGAUGAGAGUGGCCUCACCACGGUGCCAUCUGUCAAGUACUUCUGGAAGGCGGCGUCUAGAACCGGCGUUUUCACCAGUAUAAUGCAGCCCGCGGCUCAGCAUAAGCCCACAUCAGUCGUUGCACUCCUGAAAGGAGACCCAAUACGCGAUCUCGAGUGGCGUACAGUGCUGCUCUUCUUGGAGCUGUACAAUUUCUCAUUGAGAGUCACUGAUGACGAAGAUUUCUUACCUGCAGCAACCCAAAUUCUUUCGCAGCAAAGUCCAGCAACAGUGCGUAUUCGGUCAGGCAGCCUCGGCCUGACUGAGCUAAAGCACCUUGUGAACUUCCUCAAGCACCUCUCGUUCCCCCUUUAUUAUAACCUGGGCAAUAUCAUGCUUCCGCCCUCGCAACAAGGUCGUCUUGGUACUCUCAUGGGCGUCAACUCGACUAAACCUACCUCUCAGGAAGAAGAAGAACUCAACGGUCCUUCCACGUUUGCUGGCAUAAUUGGGAUGGAUGCUUUGGGAUUGAGAGAUGCAGCCACCGCUGCAAUGCGGUCGCUAUAUGAGAGAGAUUCUCGGCGAGGCUUCCUUCCGAAGGGAUUUUGGCUGAUGACCUCCAAGUUCGACAUGGACGGUUUCGUGUCGGCUGUCGUCCUCGAAGAGCAGCGGAAGGAAGAAUUGGCCAGCGAAGAUGAUGGGUCUCACAAUGCCGGGGCAGAUGGGAUGGACUCUUUCAACACAUUUACGGGGCAUCGGCUCUCGCGUGCAGCGCAGAUUGAGAGACACCGUCACUUACGUAAGCUUCAACGGGAGCAGCUGCUUGCCCAGGUUGGACCGAAGCUCGAGAUUCUACGGAAUAUGCCAUUUGUUAUCCCGUUCGAAGUCCGAGUCCGGAUUUUCAGGCAAUUUGUCUUCCUGGACAAGUCCAAGCGGCGAGGGGGUCAUGUUGAUCCCGAUCGUUGGCGGCUCUCAAUACUAUCAAACGACCCUGAAGCUGGUGCGUUUGGUGGUUUUGGUGGCCCCGUGAAUGGUCCAGCUGGUAGGGCCAGAGACAUUCUCGGGCGACACACUGCUAGAGUUAAGCGGGGGGAGGUCUUCAACGAUGCAUUUGACCAGUUCUACAGUCUCGGAGACGGACUCAAAGAGCCAAUCCAGAUCACUUUUGUGGACCAAUUUGACCAAGCAGAGGCUGGUAUCGAUGGUGGGGGUGUCACGAAAGAGUUUUUGACUAGUGUCACAAGUGAAGCGUUCAUGCCUGGUCCAGACGGCCACAAGCUUUUCGUCACUAACGCCCAAAACCUCCUUUACCCAAAUCCAACAGCAUUCGACGAUCGCGCCGAGCUCUUACGCGCUUGUGGAUUUACAGAAGGCGGUUUCGAGUGGAAGCAUAGCAUGGGAAAUCUGGCACAACGUUACGAAUUCCUCGGUCGAAUAGUCGGGAAGUGCAUGUACGAAGGGAUCCUCAUCGACAUCGCCUUCGCCAGUUUCUUCCUUCUAAAGUGGUCUUCAGGACAGAGCACAUAUUAUCGUGCAAAUCUGAACGACCUGCGCGACCUUGACCCAGAGCUCUACCAAGGAUUGAUCAGCCUCAAGAACUACUCUGGAGAUGUCGCGGACCUUGCCCUCGACUUCACCAUAACCGACCAGGUAACUACACCUACUGGGGAGGUUCGCACAAUCACCCGUCCGCUCAGGAAAAACGGAGAGAACACCCCCGUCACGAAUUCGGACCGCCCUCUCUACAUAUCUUACGUUGCACAUCACCGACUUGUGGCUCAGCCUGGGCGACAGACCAAAGCCUUUCUCCGCGGUCUGGGUUCCAUCAUAAACCCGGCAUGGCUCUCCAUGUUCAACCAAUCGGAACUCCAGCGUUUGGUGGGUGGUGAUAGCUCCGAGAUUGAUGUUGAAGACCUGAGGAACAACACAGCAUACUCCGGUUUGUACGCCAUUGGCGACGAUGGGACGGAGCAUCGCACAAUCCAGCUGUUCUGGGAGGUGAUGAGAGAGCUGAAAGACUCGGAGCGCAGAGACGUGCUCAAGUACGUCACGUCUACUCCAAGAGCGCCGCUUCUGGGCUUCUCACAACUGAGUCCCCAGUUCAGCAUCAGGGACGGUGGUACAGAUGAGGAGCGAUUGCCCAGCACGAGUACAUGCGUAAAUCUGCUUAAGUUGCCCAGGUACACGUCAGCGGAGACCUUGAGGAGCAAACUACUAUAUGCUGUACAGUCGGGGGCGGGCUUUGACCUAAGCUAG